GGUACUUUGAGGCAUGCCAGACCUAUAAGGAGGUAUUAAUGCAGGACAGUUUGUGUUCAGAUGCUGCUCAGGAGUUGAUGAAAGUUCAGAUCAUGCAGCUGAUGGAAAUGGGAUUUACUCGUGAGCAGAGCUCUAAUGCGCUGAUUGUCCAUGGAGACUUUGAGAAGGCGGUUCAUGUCCUGUCUGGUAUUGAAGAUGAAUAUGGUAGUAAUGACUUUCCUGUGGCUGCCACCUCAGCAGAGGACAGUGCGACGUGGGAGGGAGUGGGCCCCAGGCCUAAACCUCUCCUCCAAACCAGACCUAAACCCAGAUCCACUACCCCAGUUCCUAAACCCAGAUCCACUACCCCAGGCCCUGAACCCAGAUCCACUACCCCAGGACCUGUACACCACGUUGCACCGGGAGGGAGCACAAGUCUGUUUCCUGUAUAUGUUGGCUGUUUGGGGCCCAACACAACACAACCAAUGCUACACAGCCUCUUCAGCAGUGCUGGGACGAUCCACAGUAUCAAAAUCUUGCGCUCUUCCAACUGUGCAUUUAUCAACUACACCAACAUGGACCACUGUGAGAGAGCCAUCAGGACUCUAAAUGGUGAGGUGUUGAACGGAGUGAUGCUGGCUGUCCGUCACCCCGAUAGAGUGAUGCAGAAGAAACUGGGCUUGUCCCAAUUAGCUUUCACCCUCACCAACGCACCAGAGAAGAGUCAGGAGUGUUACUUCUGGAGGACCACAGGCUGUGUCCGACACAAUACCUGCAUCUUCAGACACGUGCCACAACACAAGGGCAUCGACAGGGACAAGGUCAACAAGUGAACAGCAGACAGCCACACACCAAUAACCUGGUCCUCGAAGCUGGAUCAAUGAGGUUUCCCCUCCCAGGCGUACUUUUCAAAUAUGCUUUUUAAAAAGUGUAAAAGUUAUAUAAGUAGACUUAAAAUUCGAUAAGCUAUAAUUGACUCAACAACCAAUAAACAAA